AUGGAAAAAUGUUUACCUAAGAAUUUGAGGAUAUUUGGCACUUCUUACUUCAGAUACGCACGAGAAGCACGUUUUAUAGAAGUCGUAAAUCAUAUUAAGGACAACAUUACUAAACUUAUUUCUAAUAAAGAUAAAAAAGCAUUAAAGGAUAAAUGCCUAUAUUUGGCCAGAUAUCUAAUUGACAAUAAGACUCCACCAGGUUAUUAUACAUCACAAAAAGCAACAUGGGAAAAGGCAUUAAAUGAAUGGUUACAUCCUCAUUAUAAAAAGCUAGAUGAACUAGGAGGAUGUCCUCUGAUUAUGAAUGAAAAUGAUUUAGAAUUUUUAAAAUUAAAAUAUGAAGUAGAUGAUUUCUGUAAAAAGAGAAAUACCGAUCUGACGGAUAUAAAACGGUUGAAGCAAAACCCUCAAUCUGCUGAGAGUUAUUCAAGUAAAUGUGAAGAAUAUAAUAUAUGGAUUAGUGAAAAGGAGGAAUAUUUUAAUACAAAGAAGUACCUCAUUGAAACGUGUUACGAAAGAGACAAAACAAAAAAAGGACCAAAAAAAACAUGCGACAUAAUGGAUCCUCAAACUUUUAAAAAACAGCUUAACUGCAGGCUCUCCCAUCCAGUACCACCUGAUAAAAUUCUAGCUGAAAAAAAAAAUAAGGGUUCACCUGAAGAUGAAAAAAGAGUUGAAAGUAAAUUUACAACUCAAGAUCGAAACCAAGAAGUAGCAGAUGUUCUAGAAACUGCAGCUCAACCUAGACCCCAACAUGGUGAGCAUAAUACUCCCGAAAGAAAAAUUGAAAACGAACCUCAAACUCUAUCCCCAAUAAUAGCUCCAUCUGAAGCAUCAUCAACAAAAACAGAAAAUUCUCACGCUGAAUAUGUACAAUCUCCCCAAGCUGAAUUAUCAGAACCUAAAAGUUUUGUUUCUUUAGAUUCAGAAAAACCUCCUGAUUCUACACCAUUACAUAGAAAACCUGACGUCUCCAGAGAAACCCAGGAUUUUCAAAUUGUUUCUUUUCCUUCUGGAAAAUUAAAUGUUGCUACAGAUUUUCCCGCGGUCACUGUUCACGCUAAAAUUCCAAGAAUAUUUAAAAAAAAAAAAAAGAUAAAAAGAAGACAAGUGAAAUUCCUAAAAAUACUAACACCUUCACAUUCUUGCACAAAACACAAAUUUGUAAAACAUGAUAAUAUGGAAUAUCCAUUAUAUGAUGAUGAAGAGAUAACAAAAAAAAUAAAAAUACUUGAACAUAACAAGAAUAAUAAUAUAAACGCAUCAAAGCAAAACAAACAUAGAUACAAAACUAUCAUAGAAGUACAUAUGCAAAUACUCGAAGAAUACAGAAAUGAAGAAUGGGAGUAUAUAAAAGGAGAAUUUUUAGAAAUAUGCUUAGAAUUGCUAACAAAAGGGGAACACAAUACAUAUCCUUUUUUAACUAAUGACAAACUAAUAAUUGGAAAUACAAAAAGUAUUAAUCAAAAAGAAAAACAAAAAAUAUUAUGGAAUAAAUGGAUAGAAAAACAUCAAAAUCUUGCUGACAAAUUGAAAAAAGAACAUUGGUUUAAUAAUUUAAAAAUUGAUUGGAAAAGAGAACUAGCUAACUUAAAAAAAAGAGAAGAAUUAAAAAAUGAUCCUGAUGAAAUUCAAAAUAUUCCAUUUUCACCAAGAGAAAAAGAUAUAUGGAGACAGUGGAUAUUGGAGAAGUGUAUAAUUAUUAAGCAAUAUAUUGAACAGGACUUAUUUAACUAUUUAACUGCUGAACUCCAGAUUAUACCAGAUGAUUAUGAUAAUGAAAAAAUUAAAGAUUCUUUGCCAUUAAUUAAUAUAGGAGAAUUAUCGAACAAAGAAGACUGCCAAGAAUUAUAUAAAUAUAUAAAAAAAAAAUUAUUAACAAAACUAUGUAUACUCAUUCUUAUGUCAGUAUUAGAAGAAUGCAAAAAAGAGCAGGAUAUUGAAAAUAAUGAAUCACAUUUGGAUAAUUACAUAAUUGAAUUUAAGGAAAAAGAAAAUUCAGAUAGUAAAAAAGAAUUUAUAGAAAACAUAAGUGAAUUUAACCGUUAUUUUUUGGAAAAUACGGAAAAUCAUGAUUAUAAAACGGACGAUAUCUUUAAAAAAGAGUUAGAACGUUGGAUAAGAGAAGAUAAUACAUAUGGAUAUUCUAUGGAAAAAUAA